UGGGCAAGAGAAUAAGAAUAAUGAGAAGGCAAGGAUGUUUCCAUUGCAAACAGUUAAGAAUGAAGGACAAGAAGAGAUGUUUCAAAAUAUGUGGAGACCAGAACAAGAUGACAACCAGCCAAGCAAUCAGGGUGAGACAUUCUCAAGUACUUUAAAUAUGGAAAUACAGGACUUCCAGAUUCCAAAAAAUCAGAAGGGAAAGAAAAAGGGAGAGAAUUCAGGGUAUGGAGAACAAUUCAAAGAUAAACCUGAUAGAAACAAAGAUUGCCGGAUCCAUCCAAAAGCAAAAGCUUGUGAACGUAGAGACCGUGUAAAGAAUUACUACGAGAACUCCCCUCUGACGUUAUAUCAGAGCAUCUCCACCAAAAACAAACCAUAUCAAUGCACGGAGUGUGGAAAAACUUUUAGCCAUUCCAGUUCCCUCACUUCCCAUAAAAGGAUCCACACGGGGGAAAAGCCGUACCAAUGCACUGAGUGUGGAAAAAGCUUUCGACGCAAUACCGACCUUACCUCUCACAAAAGGGUCCACACGGGUGAGAAACCCUUCAAAUGUACGGAGUGCGGAAAGAGUUUUACAAUGAGCAGCAACCUGAACCUGCAUAAAAGGAUCCACACGGGCGAGAAACCCUUCAAAUGCAUGGAGUGUGGAAAGAGCUUCAUUCAAAGGGGCCACCUCACUUGCCACAUGAGAAUCCACACCGGGGAGAAGCCAUACAUGUGCGUGGAGUGUGGAAAAACUUUCAGGUGGAGCAGUCACCUGCCUAACCACAUGAGGAUCCACACAGGGGAGAAACCAUACAGUUGCACGGACUGUGGAAGGUGCUUCAGAGAACGCAGUGCCUUUCAGGCCCAUCGAAGGAUCCACACGGGGGAGAAGUCUUUAAAGUGCACAGAAUGCGGGAAGACUUUCAGGGGCAGCACAGAUCUCACGAUCCACAAAAGGAUCCACACGGGGGAGAAACCCUACAAAUGCUUGGAGUGCGGGAAGAGUUUCAUUAGAAGCAGUCACCUAUCUUCCCAUAAAAACAUCCACCCAGGAGAGAAGCCGUUUAAAUGUCUUGAGUGCGGAAAGAGCUUUACUCAAAGCUGUUACCUCACCUACCAUAAAAGGAUCCACACGGGGGAAAAACCUUACAAAUGUCUGGAGUGUGGAAAGAGCUUCAGCCGGAGCAGUCACCUUUCUUACCAUAGAAAUAUCCAGCACGGGGGGAAACCUCAUAAAUGUGUGGAAUGUGGGAAAAACUUUACUCAGAGCUGUUACCUUCUGUCCCAUAAAAGUAUCAAGGAAAACCCAUAAAAGUAUUAGCAGUGUUCUGCAUCAUCUUGUCUUUAUGUUUUUUGUAAGCUGUCUUGAGUGGUUAUAGAAAUAGAAAGGCAUGGUAUAAAUGUAAUCAUCAAUAAAAAUAAUUACUGCC